CGAGUCUUGCCAAGUCAUAUCGCCAUCGACUAUUGACUUGGCACAAGCUUACCGAGUUUUCUUACCAAGUUACGUGCACAGUGUUAUUUCAUAGUUUCGUUCUUCUCAAUUUGAUCGUUGGAAGAUAUAACAAGAUGAUAUUAAUUACGACAUUUGCGAUUAUUUCUUUUACCAUGCUAACGACUACGGAGGCCAUGAAUUACACUAUAACAAAAAUCUUGGACGAAACAGUGACGGUAUACGAGAACUCAUUAUUCGACUUAGAAGUAAUCGGUUUUAAUAAUAACAGCAAAGCCUACAUGAUAAUCAAGAAGCCCAUUACGGAGAAGGAUGAACUUCUCAUUAAUUUUGUGGCAGAAAGGUUCGACGGUGUGAAAUAUCCAUUGCCCCAUAAUCCCAUGAAACUCUGUAAGUUCCUUUUCGAAGAACAAUUUAACAAAUCGGAAUCUUACAUCCAACAAUUUCAUAUUUCAAGAGCUUUCAAUCUCGAGGAUCAAAUCUGUCCUAUAUUACCGGGUAAAAGGAAGCUGUUACCGUAUAUGUUUCCAAAAAAUAUAACACUUUUGCACGACAUAGGUUGCGGGAAUUUUUUUUACAAUGUCGACUUAUUAACCAACACAAGCGAUUCCAGUGAGUAUAGAUCUUUGAUCUCUAGUCAGACAACUGUUCAUAUAGAGGGAGACAAUUGUUCGAACACACUAAUGUAACAUAAUCUACAGAGAAAUUUAAUAAUAAUCCGAUAUAAUUUAAAAUAUAAUAAAUAAUAUGUUAAUUAAUAGAUCUGUAUAAGCAUUAAUAAUAAAAUGUAUAGACAAUAGGAAUAAUUUGUAUCAACAAUAAUAUAAUAGCGAAAUGGUUCGACAACUAAAUUAGAGAUAUUUUAAAAAACAAUUAGGAACGGUGGUUAGAAAUUAACUGUAAGUGUAGGUACAAUUUUCUAAGCGCAAAGAGACCGACACGAAGUUUCACAAGCACGUCCUUGCUUAUCGUCUUAGCCUCUACUGUUCCGUACCAACGUGUUCCUUGAACGUACACCCACGUAUAAACAACGAGCAAGCAUAGAGCACGCGAGAAACCGUCUAAAAGGCGGUAUCAGCCCUCAUCGGAUAAUAUCGGUACCCGAACCCGAACGGGUAAUGGUUAUGAGUAAUGGCUCAAGAUCGUGGCAGCGGGGUCGACUUCGCUGAACCGUACACGGAAUCUAAGAUUUAGAUACAGGUACCCGAACUUGCUUCAGUAGACCUGCCUUCCCCAUUACGCAUUUUCAUCGUUGAGCGUAUAUUAACGUCAUCGAUCGAUUCAAAGUUUUAUUUUGUUUAACGAAUUUAUAAAUAUUAUUAACAAUUAAUCGUUCUUGAUGAUUAUUUUUUAAUAUAUUGUUCGCCAAUCUUGAUUUCAUUUUUUUCCGCUUUUGAUAUACCACGCGUAUACGUGUUGUAUUAUGUAAUUUUUAAAUAAUAAAAUCUUCGCUUAUUAAUUGGACGAAUAUAUGUCGUGUCAGAGAUGACUCUUGGAGUUUUGGAUAAAAAUAAUGUUAUAACGCUUGGAGGCACGCGAGGAUACUUGUAACGAUUAAUUCUAUCGAAAUAAAUUUAUUCGAAAUAAAUUAGAUAUUUCUAACUUAUUUUUGUUCCCGUUUAACGACAAAUUAUACAACACGGAACGUAUAAUAUAAUUUAUUAUUACAGUGAGCGAAACUUUUACUUAGAAAAUAUCAGAAGAUUUUUUUUUUUUUUCUUUUUUUAAUAUUAAAGGAGAAUUAUUGCGAUAUGAAAUAUAUAGUAUAAGUUAUUACAUAGAAAGUAUUAGUUUUUCGAGUGUACGCGUUGUAACGUUUCGUUACAUUACAGAGAAUUAACAUUCAUAAAAGAUUAGCUCAAAGUUAAAAAGGGAUGAUGAAGUUUCCGGUUGAAUUGACCUUUCUCGCGAUCGAUCUCCUAUAAGUACUAUUCGUGCCAAGUUACGGAUGAACCCCUUACGUUUAUUACGUAUCCAAUUUCACACGUUAGCGCCGAUAAAUGUACGAUAAAAUGUAGAACCACCUCUCGAGCGAUGGAUAUAUUCGCGGCAUAGGUGAUACGGGAUAUCGUUGAACAACUGCUUGACCCCGCGUGCAAUAAAUAAAAUGGUCGAGUGCGUGAGAAAGAGAAAGAGGACGUAUUCCAAGUGAAAUUUAUCGAUAUGCGGUCUACGCAAUGGAGACCGAACAUCAUAAAAAUCUAUUUCCACUUUAACCCAAUAGUAUGCAAGUUGUAUAUGCCGUCUUCUUAUGCGGUUAACGCAUGUUCGAUUCUCUAGGUAGUAGGAUUCAUUAUGCGGAUUCAUUAUGAAAUAAAACCGCCACUUGACAAGAAUAUAAGAGUUCUCUUCGAUCAGACUAUUCAAUAAUUUAUCGUUAUAAGUCCUAUUCAAUCAUAUUAUUCAAUUAUAUCGUUGUAAGAGCUUAUAAUAAUGAAAAUCCAUCUGUGAAAGGCCCGAGGAUGAAACAUACAAAAUUCACGUGGCACAUUGGUUGGCGUUACACCGUACACCGGAAGAUCUCUGAUAAAUAAAGAAAAAAGAAAACCAAGAAAAACAAGAAAAACAAGAAAAAAAAGAAAAAAAAGA